UCAUUGGUCGAUGAAGGUCUCGACGUAGAUCCGCCAUAGAAGGAAAAAACAAGCGUCUUCUUCGUCGCCGUAGUUGUCGGGGAUGAGAGGGUCGUCUACUCGAGUGUUCUGAAGACUUCGGGUCCCCCUCCACCUCCGAUAUGGCGAUGCUCGGGAGGACGUUUCCGUGUUUAUUUUCCAUGGAGACGAGAAAGGCUGUUGGAGGGUGACGGUAGGCAGGCGAGCGUCACAUGAUUGGCGGAAAGGCGAGCUGCCCGUUUCCAAUAUGGUGGUCGGCUCGGUGGCUGUACGCUGCUUGCUGAUUAUAUCGCUGCUGUGCAGCUUCGGGCUAGGCGGGUACGGCCAGCGGCUCGUUGGUCUGCGGCUGGAGGAGGACGAGGACACCGGCAAGGACCUGUACAUGCGCGGGCGCGUGCUCGUCGCUUCACCAGGGUCCACCUUCAAGCUCAGGCUGUUCGGCACCGACCUGCUCGGUAAUGCGACUUGGCCGUUGGUCGCGUUCGCGGGAGCAAAGGACGAGGAGGCUGCAGAUGUUGGGCCCGCGGAGGACCCUUGCGAGCAGGAGAGCUUGAGGAAUUCCUCUGCUUUCCGAGUGCAGAAGGAGUUCAGCGCGGAUGAUGACAACAGUGGGGUGAUCGAAGUCAGCGUCGUUAAGGGAAGCCCGAGUGAGGAAGAGAACGAAGCGAGUGCGGUCCUGUUCCGCUUGUGCGUGCUAAACGGGGAGACGUGGGAGUCUGUGGGGCCGGACAGAUUGCGACUGAAGGAGCCGGAGUUGCCAGCCGAGUGGAUUCCCCCGUGGGCCCUGGCCGUAAUCAUCAUAGCUCUGGUGCUUAUAUGUGCUUUGAUAAGGUGCCUGAGUCUCAGUCUGCUGUGGCUCGACCCCCUGGAGCUCUACGUGCUGCACAGCUGCGGCUCUGAAGACGAGAGGCGCGCGGCGAAGCGCCUUGAGCCGAUCCGCAGAAGGGGCAACUUUCUGGUCUGCUCGCUUCUCUUUCUUUGCGCUUUGGGUCACUCUGCGCUUGGCGUGCUUCUCUACUGCGCCUUUGGCUCCAUCCUUCCCGCCGUAUUCACAUGUGGUGCUCUCUUGCUUCUUCUUGCCGAGCUUUUGCCCCACAUCAUAAGCUCAGGCUACGGCUUCUACAUCGCUCCCAGCUUAAUAUGGCUGGGCCAGGCGUGCUUGGUGAUCACUUGCCCGCUGUCCUGCCCGCUCGGACUUCUCCUGGACCUGGCCUUGCGGCGUGACGUGAGCACGUGCGGCGUGCGCGAGAAGGUCAUGGAGAUGGUCCGCUCGAAUGUGAACGACCCUUAUAGCGAGUUCGUGAAGGAGGAGUUCCGCAGGGGCACGCUGAGGAGCAAGACUGUGGAGGACAUCUUGACCCCUCUGAAGGACUGCUUCAUGUUGCCCUCCACGGCCGUGCUGGACUUCAGCACCAUGUCCGAGAUUAUGCAGAGCGGCUACACGCGCGUGCCCGUUUACGAGGAAGAGAGGUCCAACAUCGUGGAGAUUCUGUACGUGAAGGACUUGGCAUUGGUCGACCCCGAGGACUGCACCCCCAUGACCACCAUCACCAAGUUCUACAACCACCCACUGCACUUCGUCUUCAACGAUACCAAGCUGGAUGCCAUGCUCGAGGAGUUCAAGAAAGGCAACUCUCACUUGGCCAUAGUACAGAAAGUCAAUAAUGAGGGAGAAGGGGACCCCUUCUAUGAGGUGCUGGGACUUGUUACAUUGGAGGAUGUUAUCGAAGAGAUAAUCAAGUCGGAGAUCCUGGACGAGUCUGAUGGUUACAUGAACAUGAAAGUGAAGCGUCCUCUUCCCCCGCUGGAGAUUCCUCUGGAGCCGCGCACAGCACAAGAGGAGUUCUCGCUCUUCAAAUUGCCCGAAGGAGAGCCGAAGAUCCGCACAUCUCCUCAGCUCCUGCUGGCCACUCACCGCUUCCUCUCCAGAGAGGUGGAGCAUUUCAGUCCACAGCGUGUGUCAGAAAAAGUCUUAUUUCAUCUCUUACGGCACCCGACUGUCAACCAAGAAGUGAAGUUUGACCCAAGUAACCGUCUGAGUCCUGAUCACUACCUCUACACACGCAACCACCCUGUGGAUUACUUCAUUCUGCUGCUACAGGGGCGUGUAGAGGUAGAGAUUGGAAAAGAGGGCUUAAAGUUUGAGAAUGGCGCCUUCACCUACUAUGGCGUGUCUGCGCUGACAGCACCUUCUUCUGUGCAUCAGUCACCAGUCUCCACACAGCAUCGCUCCCCUAGAGAUCCAUUUGAGCUGGGAGAUGCUACUAGCCCGUCCAGCUACUGUCCUGACUACACAGUCCGAGCCCUCACUGACUUACAGCUCAUCAAGGUAACCCGCUUGCAGUACCUCAAUGCCUUGAUGGCUUCCCGGGUAGCUCAGAGCCCUGAUCCACCUGAGAUUAAGAUCCUGCCCAAUAGCCAGACUAAACUCCUAAACGAGAAGAACACUACUCAAGAUUUUCCUCUUCACUUUUCGUUCUUUGAUGCAAUUGACAACUACUGUUAAUGUACUUUGCAUGAGGUGCAAGCAAGAUCCAGGAAUGCAGGACAGAAGAAGCAGCUCCAGGCCAGCGAGCAGCUUUCUGACUCUCCGUCUAACCUAUUUAACUUCGCAAGGAUUUGAUUUUAACAGCUAACUUGAUUUUUUUUUUUUUUUUUUUUUUUGCAGUUAAUUCCUCUUUUUAUAUCUGAAUGCUAGGGCUGAGAUUUUAUUCAGAAGAUUUUUUUUAAUGUACACCGUGCAGACUUUUGGAGCCUGUCAAAUGUCACGUCCACUACUUUCCUCAACCUUAUCCGGUUCCUACUCCUUUGAUGUUUUCGUCUUGGUGUCUCGUACCACUUUGUUUUUGCUGCUUGUGUCUGCUCAGUAUGGUCAUGCAACAGAGCCUUUGCUGUCUUUCAGAGAUAGCAUGCCUCAAAGUGUUAAAGCCUGAACUUUUGGCAGGUCCGCUUAAUUUCGUGCUGUAUUGUGCCAAUAGACGUGUAAGUGCCAGCGAGGGCAGCAGGAACUGCUCUGUUUUAGUGGGCAUACAUGUAAGUCAGGAAUACACUACACAGUUUAAUCUUGCCCCCCCACACCUGUUUUUGUUAUAAUAAAAUCCUUCCUGUUGUACCUUGCCUACUCUAAAGGGGUAACGUUACACUGAAUACUACAGGUGGUCUUUCACUGUUUUGCAUAGUUUGUGUGAUCUGAUGUUGAUAGCUCCAGUAUACAUUCUUUAAUAUUUCUCCUUAGUUAUUGUUUAAUUGGAGUUUAGAACCCAUCUUUACAACUGUCAGCUGACAUAACAAAGGAAAAGCAUGCUUAUCAAACUAGAAAGCAAAUACAACAGAGGUUUUGAGCAUCAUGGCUGUAUUUUACAUAUUAAAAGUAUAGUCUAUCAUUUUAAAAGCUUCUUUGUCUGCUACACCUGCUGCAUAUAGUCAGUUACCAUGGAUAAUGGUUUUGAUGCAUUUCCCUUUGCUUAGUAAAUGAACAGAAAAGUGGUUGACCUGAAACACCCUUAAAUAGAAGCCAGUGGGCAGAAGCUGAAACAGUUGUAAAUUGAAUUUGAGGCAUUUCUUCCAUUAAUUACUAUCUCUGGCAAUUUACUGUAUGAAACAGAUGCAGCAGACAGAUUUGAUUGAAACAUUGCAGGCUAUUCCUUUAAUUUGUAAAUUUAAUUUGUAGGUAAAGAACCCUAGUGAUCUUUUGUUACCUCAGUGGUCAGUAUAGCAGCUAAACAGUAUCUCUUAAAUACAUUUGAACAUGGACAGCGAGUUGCUGUCUGUGGAAAAAAAAAAAUUUCAAGGCACUGCAUCAUGUUAUGCUUUCAAGGUCUCUUAGCAUUCAGAUCAUUUUUGAUGCUUAACCUCAACCUAUUAAGUGUCUUGUAGUAAGAACGCUGGCCAGGCCUCUUUGGCCCUUUAAGUUCUAUUCAGUACUGUGUAAAAUGCAUAAACUGAUCCUAUAUCAUUUUAUUCCAAGAUCUCUAAAAAUAAGUAAUUCUAAGGAUAUAUCUGGCCUGGAUUUGUGGUGUUGGUCACAAUGUGUUUGCAAUAUAUCCGUCCAUGAUUGACCCGUUCGAUAUGUCCACUGUUAUUAAUUUUUCUUUCUUUUUUUUUUUAAGUAUAUAUUUUUUUGGAUGCCUAACAAAACGGUACGCCCACAAUUACAAUGCUUUAUGAUCUCUCUCUGAUUGCCCUAGAUCUGAACUUCAAUAUCCAUGCAGUAUUAAUAGGUGCCGGUGUACUGUGCAAGGCAGUAACUGUGUAGCUCACUGCAUCAGUUAAAGACAAAACAACUUUAUCCAUUUGAACAAUACAGGCCAUGACACUUUUUUGACUCCUCAAGCGAUAUUUAUAAAACAUUAGCUCAUCAUAUCAAAGUAACUGAGGAAUUCCAUUGUUUUUAUAUUACUGUACAAUUACGUUGUUGAGAUUUAAGUAAUUCAGAGUCGUCUGAUGUGAAUUGAUGCAUUGUAGAAAAACUUGCAUAUUCUUCGAAAGUGACUGGUCAAUCAGUAAGUGUAUUCCACAUUUUUAAUAUCCAAUGUCGAUAAUGAUGAAACCAAAAUGCAAAAAAAGGUUUUCAUUGGGUACUACUUGCUUUAAAAUGCUUUUUCAUAAAGCGUUCCACCAUGAAAAGUGUUGAAAUAAUAGGUUUAGGCCCAAACUUAAUCUUUAUACUAUGGUAAAAUGAGUGCAUCAGCUGCCUUUGUAAUCAUGUAGUUAUCUUCUGUGAAGCUGUUCAUAGAGAAUUUAACUCCUAACUGAACAAUUCUGACUCAACAAGUUUGUUUACAAUGGCACAUUUCACAUCAGUCUUCUGACUGAUUUCAAAAUAAAAUCUGUAGAUCUGUCUCCAUGGUCAACUUCAGCUCCAACUCUUUGUAUUAUGUGCCAUUAUAGUGUGCUUGUGGCUGCUUUCCCCAUUUUCUGAAAAGAUGCCAAUCUUUUUCUGUAAUCUGGAUUUGCACCUCGUUCUUUAAUUACAUUCCAGUUUAUGUUGGGGUAGGUGGUAUGUGUAUAUGUAUGGGCAUGUGUGAGUUCAAGGAGAGUGAGAGACUAUCUGGGGAAACCUUUUUACUGUUUUCCAUCAUUCAGCAGGUCUGUAGUUAAUUGUUCCUUGUUUUAUAUACAUUUAAAACUGGCAUGUAAAGCAAGUUCCACAUUUGUAAGGUAGUUCUUGUAUUCUGAAUACUGAAACAUGCACUCCGCUGUGUUAUUUUAUUUUUAAUUCUAAUGAAAUUUUACUCAGAGAAAUCUAAUCCCUAGUAAAUAUUUUUCAGCUGUUAAAAUACAUUGUGCCCUCUGUUCAGUGUUACUCAGUUUCUGUUAUCUCAAAAGAAUGAAUGUAAAUAGUUCCAUCUUCUUUCUGGCUGUACUAUAUUUAUCAGGAGAAAUGCUGUUUUCCUUUUUGGUAGAAUAGAGAUUUCUGUAUAUUAAUAUACUUCUAAAUCAUAGAAUCUAUAACCAGAGAAUAAUUGCUGGCAGGUGAUUUUUUUUUUUUUUUUUUUUUUUUUUUUUUUUUUUUCUUUCUGAGAAUACAAGAGAAUAGCUGAAUUGUAACCAGCCAUUUUUGUAGAAAUUCUAAGCCUCUCUGUAAUAUUGAUUACUGCUUAUUGCAUUGAAUGCUCCAAAUCUUUUCCUAGGAAAUAAAAACACCAAUGUGAAA